AUGAGCAGUCACCAUCACCAUCAGCCUUUUGACCAAUACUAUCAUCAUCGUCGUCGUCGACGAGAAGAUGAUGCUGCUGAUGAAGAACAAGCUAGUAGUAGUACCAACAGUAGUGCUGUCUUUCGACCAUCCUUGCGCAUGUCAGAGUUUCAACUUCCUUCGUGGGCGGUUUCCUCGGAUGAGGAUUCAGCUUCAGCUUAUACUUUGGAUACUGGUAGUGAUAGCAAUAACGGAAAUUUCAUUUCGCCACAGAUGAUUUACGAACAACGACGCAUAUUGAUGGAAAUUGAAGAACGACAACGACGACAAGAAGAAGAAGAAGAAGACAAACAACAACUAUCAGCAUCAUCAUCAUCACUGAAACCUUACGAAUCGAAUCCACCAAAUUUCCCUCGUGACAAUCAAGGCUUAUUUCUUCCAACUCAUAAGAACAGUGUGAGCAGUCGUGAUGGUAGUAUCACAACCGCCGAAGACAGAAGCAUGAUCCUGAACCAAAGCAUUCAAGUGUUCACAGCCACAGACGAGGAGGGUGAACAAGAAUCUACGAAUGAUGGUGGUGGAGGAGGCAGUGUAGCGGCCUUGACUUUUUACGAUGAGGAUGAUGAUGAUGAUGAUGAUGACGAAGAUCAUCUAGUACCAACGCAUGCUCAUCACAAUAUGGAACCUUUUCUAGACGAGUUGGAAUAUAGCUAUCGGCAACAUCACCAGAUACCCUUUACUCCAGGAGCUCGUCAACGUCAACAUGAUGAGGAUGAUCAUGCUUCAGGAGCAAAUGAUAUCACCAGAUCGACACACAACGCCAGACCAAGACCGAUACCGUCACCCUAUCCGCAGCAGUACUCCCAACCAACAACCUAUCCUCAGUACUCCCAUCCAUCUAUACUCGAUAAAACAAGAGGCAACGACAAUGAUGAUGUGCUGGAAGCUCUUCGAUCAUCACAAAGGAGACAACAACAGGACCAAGAACGGUCUGAAAAGGUUCGGAAAAGUCUGGAGGAGGAAACGGAACGGCUUCGAAAGAAUCGGAUCAGCGAAAACACGGAACGACAACCUAAACGGGGUUGCUGUUGUGGUGGGAAGCGAUGGCGUUGCUGUUUCGUUUGGACGUUUAUUUUGAUAGCUGGAGUGGUAGCUGCCUGGUUUGUGUUGCGAAACAAAGUAGACUGGCUUCCUUUUGGAAACAGCAAAGCAUCCUCUCCUGCCUCGACUGGAAAUAGUUCAACGCUGACUCCUCCUCCUCCUCCAUCCUUGCCACCCACCACACCCGAUUCGAUUGCCCUCACUACGGCUCCAACAAACUGCCUAAGCCCCGAGGUUAUGUCGACCUUCUUUGGUGGCGAGACCUACCGAACCAAGACUGGAAGAAUCGAUGGGCGCUACAAUGUAAAUUGUAAGAGAGGCAGUGGUGAAAUGUUGAUUGCUCUUUCCGUAUCGGUAACAUCCUCCUGUGAGGUGAAGUGUGUGGGUUUUCUCACACAAUUGGACUACAGCCAACAAUGCCCAACCAGAAAUCGAUCAAGUAGUAUAUUGGAGGACAAUCAUGCUACUACGAACCUACGACCAAUGGGCAGUGGUGGUGGAGGGAGUAGUUCUGUUCCGGAUGUGAACUUUGUACUUCCAGGGGACUUUUCAAAUGAAAUUUUGUAUUUGGGAUACGCUUCGAGCAGUUUUGAUCUACCUUGUUCCCAAAAGAUGUUGCUAUUGGUCUAG